AUGGCCACAUCUUUACCAUACCCGUUCAACACGCAGAUUCCGGUUACCCCCCCACCGGACAACCUCCACUUCCCGUCCAUCCAUCCUGUUGCCGACCAACCCUUCGCCCAGUUUCUGAAGCCCUUCGGCAUCGAUGUGUACGGGCAGAAGAAGGCGAUGGACACAAAGCCACAGACUCUAGCCAAACAAGCCGAGACCCAGCCCAAGCAGACACAGCCCGAGAUCAAGGUGAAGGAGGAGCUCCCGGCUCUGGAGAGCGCCGGUGUGACUCUUGACCCCAGAUAUCUCGCCAUGGUGUCACGCAUCGCCGCCUACUACCAGCAGAGAUGCCAGGCAGUAGCCAACUUCCAGCAGCAGAGGUGCCAGGCGUGGGCCAACAUGCACCGCCAAAAGUGCCAGGAGAUGAUGCAGGCCUCGAUGCUGGUGGUGGCCUGGUACAUCCGCGACCGCAUCAACCGCCGGAGGAAGCGGUCAAAGCGCACCUUCCGCCGAGGCCUGUCCGAGAGGUGCACCCGGAGCAAGAUCACAAAGGGCGAGGCCGUGAGGCGGUGGGUCACGCAGAUCCCCGAGGGCACCAUGUCGCCCAACAACCCCAUCCGAGAGAAGCUGGCCGACCCGGAAGAGGACAACUGGAGCAUGGACAGAGAAUCAGCGCCCGACAAGGAGGCCAAGCUGUUCUGCGUCGCGGACAACCUCAUCAAGAGCCAACUGUCCAAGAUCGACGUCCCUCUCAUGGGCGCUCUCUCCUUCGACGAGAGCGACAGCGAGAGCGAGGACGAAGAUAUGGAAGAGGAAGAGGAAGAGGACGAGAUUGAGGACGACGAGGAGCUGUACGAUGACGAGUAUGUGGAGGACGGCGUGGAGUGCUAUGACGAUGACGAGGAUGACGCAUCGGACAUUGUGCACCACGGCACAGGCAAGGGCAGCCACGAGAGGACGGGCACGACUUUGACAUGA